CCCAUCCCCUGACAGAAACGGAACCAAAGUCGAAGCAAAACGUGGCUGUGGAGGACAUAGAGAUGGAGACUCCAGAUGUACAAGACAGUCUGUUGGACAAACUCGAUGAGACUCCUGGUCACCUCCAGCAGAGUGUUUUUGAUUUUGAACUGGCGUCUGAUUCAGCGGAAAAGCUCCAGGUCCGGACGAGCAAAAGGAAACUCCUCGGGAAGAAAGGUUCUCGGACGGACGAAAUGCAAAGCCUAAAAGUGGCUGUGACGAGCAGGAAAAGUAGCAGAAGUGAGAAAGUGAUGUGGAAACGAAGUGUGGCGAAGAAGUUCUUCACCGAGGAUUCGUGCAGCGAUGACACUGUCCACAGUUGGCUGGCCAAGCCUCAACCCAAACCCCGUCCCAAGUCUGCAGACUACAGCAGGCGGAAGAAGAGGAGGAAGUCUGAGCUCAGAGUUUUACCACUUUCCCUUGAAUGCAGUGAAGAUGAUGAGCAGAAGAAAGGAGAGGUAACUCUGAGAAAAGGGGCACACAUCACCCCAGAAUCUCCUGUUGGAACGAAAAUGAAAUUUAUGACUGCAGUGGGUCUGGAGAUGUUAACUCCACCUGACACACUACAGGACAAAUCGUCAGCACUAAUUAAGAUUCCACGUGGAGCAUCGAAAAUUACAGCGAUCCCAGCAAAUGAUGGAGUAUCAGGUGACGCUGCCCAACAAUCUCCACCUCCCACCUCACCAGGACAAGACAUUCAUGGAGCUAACAUGGAGGCUGCUUCAUCAACUCCUCUGCCACUCUUUCGACCAAAAAGACUCUUUACCUCGGCUGAGAGCAUUGCACAAAUGGAACAAAUUGCUGAACGACGCCAGACUGAGCUGCAAGAUGCAUGUUUGAAUGACGAACAAGACCUCAGUACCGCUUUUCAUAGCUUCACCGAAGGAAUGAGGAAGAAACUGAAGCUUUGCCACAGGAGGGCGGAGCAGUCGUCCUGGCGAGCCCUGCGGUCCAGCGAGGAGCAGUUUUCUACACUGAUGGCUCAGAUACGCACCUGCAGGAUGCAGAAAUUGCGAGCAUUUGAGGUGAUGAUGACCAAGGAACUGAAGAACCUUGAGGAGGACCUGCACACACUGAACAACAUGGAGGAAGAGAAUCUGAAUUUUUGGAAGCAGCAGUCUCUGAAGUUCUCUCAAUUUUAUGAAAAGCAACAACAAAGCAGACUCAAUAUAUUAAUGUUCUCAUCAGAAGAUAAGCCUGGGCUGUCCAAAUGGUUCUGAUCGCUGGUGUAGGAAAGAAGAAAAGCAAACCUUGGAGAAAUGAAACCCUAUUGUCGUUCCAAACGGAUGCUUUGAAUUUGAGAAUGCGCUUUAUUUCAGAAGAUAAUAAUGAAUUGCUUAUCUGGUUUGGCCAAGCCAAUGUUGCAUAGAAAAUUGGUGCAGGAGGAGGCCAUUCGGCCCCUCGAGCCGGCACCAAUGUUGGCUGAGUAUGUG